GCAGGCCCAAUCUUCUCAGCUCAGGCGUACAGGCCACGGGCAGGAUUCCAAGUUGUUGAGUGUCUGCACAGUUUUCAAGCUGGAACUUGGCAGAAUGGCUGAGACCUGCAAAAUGAAAUACACAGUGUUGGACAGCCCUUUGGGGAAGAUCGAGCUGUCUGGCUGUGAGCGAGGCCUGCACAGGAUACGAUUUCUCAGCAGGAAGACCUCAAGCACUGACCCCACAGAGACUCCAGCUAGUCCUGAGGUGCUCGGUGGGCCAGAGGGAGUGCCAGAGCCCCUGGUGCAGUGCACAGCCUGGCUGGAAGCCUAUUUUCAUGAACCUGCAGCCACGGAGAGGCUCCCCUCGCCUGCUCUCCAUCACCCUGUGUUCCAGCAAGAUUCAUUCACCAGACAGGUGUUAUGGAAGCUGCUGAAGGUUGUGAAAUUCGGAGAAAUGGUUUCUUACCAGCAAUUAGCAGCCCUGGCAGGCAACCCCAAAGCGGCUCGCGCAGUAGGAGGAGCGAUGAGAAACAAUCCGGUCCCCAUCCUCAUUCCCUGCCACAGGGUGAUUUGCAGUAACGGCACCAUUGGCAAUUACUCUGGAGGAGGGCAGGCUGUGAAAGAGUGGCUUCUGGCCCACGAGGGCAUCCCAACUGGCCAGCCAGCCUUCAAAGAUUUAAGUCUGCCGAGGACCCGGCUCAAGCCAUCCCGUGGAUCCACCACUUCUAAGCAGUCUGGCCGAAACUGAGUAACCGUUUGAGUGACACACAGAUGUAACGCAGUGUCAAACACGGAUGUGUGAUGGUGCCACUAUAUUAAAAGAGCUGCGUGUACCCUG